CACUUUGGCGGUGAGCUGCGGAAAGAAAUAACAGAUGCUUAAUUGUUCAAAGAGCACCAGGUAAAACUGAUGUUGUCAGCGCGACAGUUCAUAAAGAAUUGGCGCCUAAACAAAAUGACGAAAGCGCUUAUUAUAAUGAGCCGAGGGGCGUUCAAGGACCCUAAACAACUUCACGUUUAAGAAAAUGCUUUGGCUACUACUGCGUUUUUAUUCAUCAUAAUAACUGGAAAACGUUCCCCAUCGGUGUGUCGUCGCCUCGGGCCACAGAGAUGGACAAGUUUCUGCUUGGGGGACAGGAUGAACAUCUGUGCAACAACGAUGUCCCACGAAGAAGUCCCAGGAAAAAGAAGACAAAGAUGGAGGAACACGAGUGCAUAGAGAAGGAGGAGGAAAAGGACCCGUGUUUUGAAGAGUUCUCUCAUCCUAUUCCUUGGCAAAAAGUAGAAGCAGAGGGACUGGACUGUGAUUACGCGUUGCUCUUCUUGAAAGAAGAGGCAGAUAACCUUUUCAGGCAGCUGGAGGAAGAGGUGGUGUACUCAACAGGAGAGGAAGCAAAGGUCCAAGUGUUUGGAAAGGUGUACAGCAUCCCCAGGAAACAGGCGACCUAUGGGAACGCAGGCCUCACCUACACUUACUCCGGAGUGAGGCGUCUGGCUUCUACCUGGACUCCGACCUUGGAGUACAUCCGAAACGCGGUCACAGACGCAACCGGACAGAAGUUCAACUUCGUCUUGAUCAACAGGUACAAAGAUGGACAAGACCACAUGGGGGAGCAUCGGGACGACGAGAAGGAGCUGGACCCUUCCUGUCCCAUCGCUUCCGUCUCUCUGGGAGCAGCUCGAGACUUUGUCUUCAGACACAGAGACGCUCGAGGGAAACGGAGCAGCCGGCAGAUGGAUCCCGUGAAGCUGGAGCUGGCUCAUGGAAGCCUGCUCCUCAUGAACCCCCCCACCAAUACCUUCUGGUACCACAGCCUUCCGGUUCGGAGGAAGGUCCUCUCACCUCGCAUUAAUCUGACCUUUAGACGCAUCUUGGAGGACAUCACUAAACAGUCACAGAGGAUCAUUAACAGCAAAAACCCAGAUUAAAGAUUGCAUUUUUAACAAAUACCUCUCAGGUCAAAGUUUUUCUGAAGAAAUAUUAAAUAAAAGUUUUAAUAUACUGUCUAAACAUUUUCAAUAAAUCUGUUUCUAUAAAGAAACAGAUGUUUUUUUCUUUUCAAUUUGUUUUAAAUAAAGAUUUUAGCAGGAAGAAAUCUUCCACAUGUUUAUGCUUGUGGAGGCAUCACAAAAGGCAAAUUUGAGGGUUUUUUUUUUUUAGCUUGAG